GACUGUUCGUGAGGGGUUCGACUUCGCCCUUGCUCGGCGCCGUGCCUUGGAAGGCAGGGAGGCAAUAUUCCUCUGAACAAAGAUUUCCCCCAUCUCCUUGGGGACGCGGAUAUAAAAACGAUGAUGGCGCCCAGCUUUCAAGUUGUCUAGUUUGAUCGGCAGCCCUCAGCCUCCUCUCCAGGUCUCCUACCACAGCUCAGGAAACCAUUCAUCUCCACGGGUCCAAGUCUUUACUGAAUAUUGGAAAACACCAUGAGGUCGGCACCCUUCGCACUCGUCGUCUUUGGCCUCCUUGGCCUGGGCGAUGCGGCCCCCAACGUGCGCUUCUCGCCGCGCGGGCAGGCCAGGCCGUCCCUGAGGACCAGGGACACAUGCCCGGCCCCCGUCGACAUCCCCGUGAAGGCGCCCAAGGCGAACCCCUUUGGGGCGCUCACAGCCGCCGAGAUGACUGCGGUCGUCGGUUUCCUGUCGGAUAACAAGGCGCUCAACCUGACCAAUUCCACCAACCCAACUCUGGCCAUCAAUGACAACUACAUCUUUCAUAUUGAGGCCCUGAAGCCCAAUAAGACAGAUGUUCUGUCUUACCUGGAUAACAAUGGCCCGGCGGUCCCUCGCUAUGCGCGCGUUGUGCUCAACGAGGGUGCCAAGAACCCGCCCGUCAUCGCCGAGUACUCGGUCGGGCCUCUGCCCCUGAGCGACAAGACCAAGGUCGAGUCGCUGGACCAUAUCUACAACGGUCCCAACGGCGGCAAGAUCCACUGGAACGGCGGCUGGCUCAUGAACGGGCCGCGCGCCACCGCCGUCGACGUCAUCGUCAACCAGACCACCUCGGCCAUCGCCGACAUCAUGCAGGACCUCGUCGACUUCCAGUACUUUGGCAGCAGCGACAAGCGCUCGACCGGCACCUACUUCUUCACCAACCCCUACUCGACCGACGGCUCCACGGCCAACGCCUGGGCCGCGUGGCGCCGCGCCGGCCUGGCCUCGUACGGCCAGCCGUCGGACCUGUACAUCAGCUGGGACCUCGCGGGCACCGACCCGUCGCUGUGGAAGCUCCGCAUGAUCGUGUACGACCUCAAGGUCUACAAGAGCGUCGAGGAGCUGCGCGAGGCCUGGGUCGCCAAGCGCAUCAACAAGAACCCGCCGCCGUCCCGCAACAUCGACUACCUGCGCAAGGACCGCAAGGGCGGGCCCGUCCGCGAGCUCGAGGACCGGUUCGCGCCCACGAUGCUGCAGCUCGACGGCAAGCGCUAUAAAGUCGACAAGGAGGACAAGUACGUCGAGUACCUGGGCUGGACAUUCUACAUGCGCUACGACCGCGACGUCGGCAUACAGUUCUACGACAUCAAGUUCAAGGGCGAGCGCAUCAUCUACGAGCUGUCGCUGCAGGACGCCAUCGCCCAGUACGCCGGCAACAACCCGUUCCAGGCCAACACGGCCUACAUGGACCGCUUCUACGGCAUCGGCAGCCAGGCCGGCCGCCUGGUGCCCGGCUACGACUGCCCCUACGGCGCCACCUACCUCAACAGCACCUACACCUCGGGCAUCACCGUCUUCCACCAGCCGGGCAACAUCUGCAUCUUCGAGACCGACAUCGGCACCCCCAUCACCCGCCACGCCGAGGCCGAGUACCUGCAGGCUGCCAAGGGCUCCAAGCUGGUGGUGCGCAUGAUCGGCACCAUCGGCAACUACGACUACCUCUGGGACUACGGCUUCUGGGUCGACGGCACCGUCACCGUCGACGCGCACGCCAGCGGCUACGUCCAGGCCAACUACUACCGGCCCGACGACGAGGGCCUCUGGGGCCCCCGCAUCGAGGAGACCAUCGCGGGCACGCUGCACAGCCACGUCAUGAACUUCAAGGUGGACUUUGACCUGGUCGACUCCAAGAACACGUUCCAGAAGACCGAGAUCGUCGUCGAGAACGUGACGCAGCCCUGGUUCCCCGAGCGCGGCGCCUUCGAGAUGAUGAAGUACAAGGUCAGCGAGCUCCAGACCGAGGACGAGGGCCUGCUGCAGACGCCCGCCAACGGCCAGGCCAUGUACGCCGUCAUCAACAAGGAGCACAAGAACAAGUGGGGCGUCCCGCGCGGCUACCGCAUCCUCCCGGGCCUCUCCAACGUGGUGCUCCCGUCCAAGAACUCGCCCUUCUUCAUCAAGAACGCCCAGUUCGCCAAGCAGCCCUUUGCCGUCUCCCGCCAGCACGACACCGAGCCCGACUCGUCCUCGUCGCUGAACCAGAACGUGCCCGAGGCGCCCAUGGUGGAGUUCUACAAGUUCUUCGACGGCGAGGGCCUGGUGCAGGAGGACCUGGUGGCCUGGGUCAACCUGGGCAUGCAGCACUACACGCGCGCCGAGGACGUGCCCAACACCAUCAUGUCCGAGGCGCACUCGAGCAUCAUGUUCGCGCCGCAGAACUGGGGCAACACGGAGCUGACGACGGACCUGAGCAACGCCAUCAUCUACAACUCGGACGGCAAGAUCGCCGAGGGCGUCCAGCCCUUCACCAACGGCGUCAACGCGCCCAGCUGCCUCAACGCCGGCGCCGAGGACUCGCUGGCCGGCAUCUUUUCCGCCCGCGCCCAGGGCAAGGCCAGCCUGCCGCACAACGGGCCAGUCCAGGUGCCCCCGUCCGCUGGUGCCUAAAUGGAGGAGAUUUUGGGGAGGAAUUAAUGUGUGCUAGUGAGAGGGGAAGGGUGAGGUGGUAAAAUUAUGCGGCUGGCCAGAUGGGCGGGUUUCAUGACUGCAUGCUAAUGAAUGAUCGAGUUAAUGCUAUUAUGCUAUCAAUUAAGAAGUUUGACUAAGA